AUGCUUCCACGUGUGACACGCCGAUGACGGCUGCUUGUCGUCUGUCUGUGUGUGGUGUGCUGCAGGCGUCGUGUGGUGUGUGCGGUGGGGCGGUGGGGCGGUGGGGCGGUGGUUGGCGACGACACUGCAAUCCAACAACUGGUACGCAGAGAGAGAUGGACAAACACACACGUGUGUGCAGAUGUCUGUACCACACACUGUUCUUCCUCAGAUCUGAUCCGCGGCGAUGAAGGGAAGGAGGAAAAGAGCCAGAAAGAGAAGCGAAGAUCAAGAGAUCACAUCCAAGUUGAGCCAAGGAGGCCAAGGGCGAAGAUGAGGACAAGUAUGUCUGCUCGCGAAGCUGACGGGGACACGGGGGAAACAGCACAGGUCGGCCGCAGUGGGUCACGGAAGAGGGGAAGAGUAUCUGCGGUAGUUGUUUACUUGCUCUUCAGGCGUCGAACAGAUGCUCGCUGCCCGACUCAGGACCGAGUAAGGCGACGCGCACACGCACACACGGGCAAUACGUCUGUCUGUCUUCGGUUUGCUGUCAAUCAGCUGCCACACAUCAUUACACAAGCGAUGCGCGUGCACCGCUUCCCCCCUCCGUUGUAGAGAUGGCAAGGGUAUGCGUCAUCUGCCAAUGCAUCGUGUGCAGGUCCGCAUGUCGCCUGUGUGUGUGAGCAUCGGUGGCAGGCGUCGAUUCGUCGUAGCGAAGAGCAUCUUUUGCGCUUCGACGAAGCGCGGGAACGACUUGCCCAGUGGGUGCUGGACGGAAUCGAUCAUCAGCCUCAGUGUAUGUACGUGUGUGUGCGCGUGUGUGUGCGUGUGUGUAGGAGCCCUCUCGGCCGCGUACUGAGGUUCCUCUCAAUAUGGGAGCCCCAUUACAACGGGUCUCUGGCUAGGUCCCGCUGUUGCGAAGACAGGCCGUGCGGGCCAAGGCGAGGUGCCUUACAGACGAGUACCGACGAGCCAUGCCGGCACUGA